AUGGACAGUCUUCCUCUGCAGUGGAUUCCCAACGGUUUAUUUAGCGGGCUGAUCAAUCUCCUCACGCUUAUCCUGCUUAAUAUAUCAGGCACGUUGACUAAGCUUGAUAAAGUCGCCUCUGAUGGGUUACCAGCCUUGCAAGAAGCAGUCGUUGAUGACUACCGUCUUUGCUGUGCCUUAUCCAAGUUGCAUCACUUUUCUAUCGAGCACAGUUGUUCAACCACCAAGCCUCAACCAGAUUUGAUUCUGUGCGAUAGCCUUAUGCCAAAUAACAUACUACGAGCGGUGUUGUGGGUAUUGGGAAUAAGUGCCCUCAUUGGUAAUUUGGCUGUCCUGUUUUGGAGGCUUAGGCAGAAAGGGGUCGGAGGGGGUAAAAAGACGCUAUCACUUAUGGUUGGAAAUCUGGCGCUCGCAGACGUCAUGAUGGGUGUGUACAUGCUAAUCAUAGCUGUUGCAGAUCUUACAUUUGGCGAGGACUACUUUCUUGUGGCCCCUGAGUGGCGCUCCAGCAUAAUGUGUAAACUUGCUGGAGUUCUGUCGGUUUUGUCCAGCGAGGCUUCGGUGUUUUUUGUGACACUCAUCAGCGUGGACUGUUUCCUAGGCAUUGUGUUUCCGUUGAAAAACUUCUCUCUCGGGAAAAAAUCAACAACAGUCAUCAUUGUUGUCCUAUGGUUUCUGGCACUUUGUCUGAGUAUCGUGCCAACACUUUCAUUUGGGUCUGAUUCUGAUGUUUAUGGACUUUCUGAUGUUUGUAUCGGCCUUCCUCUUACAACUAAGGCAUCUGAUGUGACCACGUCAUUUAAUCGUCGCCUUGGUAUCAGGUCUGGUGACUGGCUUAUUUCCCACGGCACAGGUAAGAAAGCAUCUUGGAUCCUGGCAAUCGUUCUCUUCCUUGGCGUCAAUCUGGUUUCAUUUCUUCUUGUCCUGUGUUGCUACGUCGCCAUCUUCAUCAGUGUCAGGCGGACGGCCAGUGCCGUCCGAGUGAAUGCCCACAGGGAGCGUGAAGUCAAAAUGGCGGUCAAGAUGGCGCUGAUCGUGAUGACGGAUUUCUGCUGUUGGAUGCCAAUAAUCAUCAUGGGGAUUCUGUCUCAGACGGGAACAGUCACACUAUCCACCGAGGUGUAUGCAUGGGUUGUGGUUCUGGUUCUUCCAAUCAACUCGUCCCUCAAUCCUUUCCUUUACACUUUCUUCACAGUUUGUUGCGCGACUAAACCGAAGGCCAAACCACAGAAAAGGAAUCAAACAAACCAAAAUUAGAACAAAGUGCAACAAACACAAAGGCUGAGGCGGGUAGUCUAUUUGCCCCCAGCAAUAGGUAGCACAUGCCUGCUUCGCCCCCUCCUUGACAGAUAUACUCCUCCCCCUUGAGCCAACACUGGAUCCGUACCUGCAAACGUACACAAUGCAGUGGUUCGGCUCACAACAUAAUAAUACAUAUGUUUGUUUAAAUUU